GUGCGUAGUGAAUUGUCAGUGUGGAAGGGAAAGUGAGGUGACUUUAUAAGUUUAUUGCGCUUCGCUGCCGAGAAGGUGUGUUUCCAUGUGACCGAGAUCGAUAAGUCCGAGCUUCAUCGCUAAGAAAGAGGAUAGCGUCGGAACCGGGAGCAAAAAUAAAUGAUGACGAUAACGAGCUUAUCUUAUCUGAUGACAUAAUCCAUUUUUCACAAUGAGCUGACUUUUUUGCGCAUGAAUUUAAAUAGACCACCUGGUCAUCACUUUGAACAAGUUGGCCCCGCCACCACCACCGUCUUCCCACUGCAUACAGAUCCUCUCUUUCGUUACUGUAUCCGCGCCCCCCUCAUUUGUUGUCUCUACUGCGCGCACACACGCUCACCUUGACCAUGGAUCUCGUGCUAGAGGUCUGCGACGAUCUCUUCCUCGACCGUGUCUGGUCAACCCUAGUCCCUUUGUCCGCAUUUUCCGGCAUUGCAGCAUCCGAACCGCUGUACUCGCUCAAUAGCUCGAUACCACUCAAAUUUACGAUGGGGAAAUCGCUUGGCUCGUCGUGGUCACAAUUCAUUGGUCUCGCGCAUCUACCCCAUCCCCAACUUCCUGCCGUAAACCUUUCGCAACCACUCGCCGAUGUCGCACAAGUUUCUGCUUGGCCACGCGACUACUUCUUACGACAAAUAUUAUCGCUCACAGUGCUGACCAUGGUUGGCAUCCAUGUUCUUUAUUUCCUCUUCGCGGGCUUGUCGUACUAUUUCGUAUUCAACCAUGACAUGAUGCGUCACCCUCGGUUCCUAAAGAAUCAAGUUCGCCAAGAAAUUCACAGUAGCCUGCGAGCCUUUCCCGGAAUGAUGGCUCUCAUGCUCCCGUUGUUUCAAGUGGAAGUCAUGGGCUACUCGAAACUCUAUAACGACCCGAACAAGUACGGUUGGUGGUACAUCCCCUUCUCUGCAAUAUGGUUCCUCGUGUUUACCGACUUCUGCAUCUAUUGGAUACACCGCUGGCUACACAUUCCUUGGAUCUACAAGCGCUUGCAUAAGCCGCAUCAUAAGUGGAUAGUACCGACUCCAUUUGCCUCCCACGCGUUUCACCCCGUUGAUGGGUUUGCCCAAGCGAUACCGUACCAUCUAUUCAUCUUCAUCUUCCCGCUGCAACGGCACGUGUACCUUGGACUCUUCCUCGCAGUUAACUGCUGGAGCAUCUUCAUUCAUGACUCGGAUAUGAUUACCGGACAUCCGCUGGAGAACAUCAUCAACGGCCCGGCGCAUCACACGCUUCACCAUCUCUAUUUCACGGUGAACUAUGGACAGUACUUCACAUGGGCGGACCGAGCUGGCGGCUCAUAUCGUCAUCCUGCGAAGGAAUUGGACCCGUUACUAGAGGUGAAGAUGACUGAGCAAAAUGAGGCGGAGAAAAAGGACCUCUGACCGUAUUGGUUCCGAACCUUAGACAUCUCACUUAUAUGAUCAUCACUUAUUUGUUCUUGACAUGAUUAAUUACCUAUUAUUUCGGCAUGAUUUUACAUAGGGGCAGGAAUAAUUUUUUAUUAUUUUCUGCGAAGCUGUAUUGUAUAUCUUCCUAACAUUGCGUGUCUGUAGUAGCAUCCAGUACUAAAUACAUCCGGCUCUUCUCAC